AUGCCCAGCGGCUCAUUAACACCAACCUCGAUCGAAACAGAUCCGCCGCUGCCACGUCCUACCGUGGUUGGCGGUUCUCGUCCUUCCAGCAGAGCCUCUUCGAGAACGAGAAGUGCAUACUCUUCCGCAGCACAAAGUCGAUCUUCCUCUCCCGCUCAGCCUCCUUAUGGUGUAGGUCGCAACGGUAGUGCAGGUACUCCAAGCGGAUCCUCGCUACGUCCAGCCAGAUCGACAUCUCGCAGCGCUUCAACUUCUUCUAGCAUCGCUCGUAACCGCCAGAGAACCAUAGAACCAGCGAACACUCGCAAUGCAGCAAACCCCAGCAAUGUUGUCGAGAUCAGCAGCGACAGCUCUGACGAUGACGAAGUGGUCGCAGUCGGACUCUCUCCUAUUCUUCGUACCCGAUCCUCCGACUUCGAGGUCGCGGGCAUACGAAGAGCUCCCGCUGCACCACCAACAAUACGCAGCGAUCUUUUCUCUCCUCCCCCUCCUUUGGGCAGGCCAGCAGGACCACUUCGAUUCGAUUCCAACAACGAUGGUAGAAUGAUUGGUGUCAGUAUCGACCCAAGCACAGGUAACUUCUUGACUCGGCCCAUGCCCAUCGUGCGGCCUCGAAGCUCUUCCUCGCUUUCAGAUCCUGACGCCAGCUUUUCCAUCAUCUCAGCACAGACAGCACCUCAAUUACCGCCAAGAAGCGAACACCCUAUCACAGAUCAACGACUGCGAUCGACGAAUCUUGCAAUGCCGACCAAGUCACCUCCUCGCUCCAAACCUCCACCCAUCGAGCACCACUUGCUGUCCAAAUUCACGUGUCCGAUCUGCUUCGAUGCACCCACAAACUUGUGCGUGACCCCGUGCGGUCACUUCUUCUGCGGCGAAUGUCUCUUUCAAGCGCUAAAGACGCAAGCUGUUCAGCGUGGAGCGGCAGAGGAGGAGCAAUCACUCUUCGGGUUUGAAGGUUUACUCAGUCGCUUCGCUCCUGGCGCGGCCUUCGGAGCAGGUAGAGGUUCUGGUGCUGCGUCUGGUGCAGGUGGGCCCGAAAGCGGUGGCGGCGGUGGCGGCGGUGGCGGCAGAGGCGGCGGGGCAGCAGCGGGGCGUGGUCGUGGAGGAGGCGGUGCUUCUCGAGGCGGCAGCGCUGCGGGUGGUCGUGGUGGUGGCGCUAGAAACAGACCUGAUCCGUUGGCAGGUCAGUGUCCAGUCUGUCGAUCCAAGAUCAAAGGUGCUUUCAACGGCAGAGAGAAGAAUGGCAUUGUGGGACUGCGCCUAACGAUGGGCAAACCCGUCAACGACCCACGCGAAGAGGACGGCAAGAUGAAGACUGGUCCCAUUAAACAAGAUGCUAGCUUGGUCGAUUCCAGCGACUCGGGAGAGGAUGAGCCAGUGCUGCCCACCAGCGUGCCAUUGUUCCGAAAAGGCAGCUCAGACGAGCAAACACAAGCAGAGGAAGGAGCCGGUGAAGAAGAUGGUCAAGGCAAGGAGGCGACGAAUACCUCGCAGAAGGGCCUCCGCCGACGUCGACGAAACUCUUCUAACACCACAGGUACUUGCAGACGCUCACCGAGGACACAACGCGGGACGUUGUGA